AUGUCGGUGGCAAACGCGAAGCUUAGCGUCCUGAAGCCGGUGAUCCCAUAUACAGGCUCUAUACCUGGAGGCCUGCAACCUGGAGAGAUUAUCGUCAUUCAGGGCACUGUACCCUCAAAUGCUGACAGGUUUCAGAUUGACCUGUCCUGCGGUGGCAGUACCAGGCCGCCCUCUGACGUGGCCUUGCACUUUAGCGCUUGUUUCAUGGGAUCGCCCUGCGUACGAUGCAACUCCAUGUUACAGGAAGGCUGGGGCCAAGAGGAAACGCUGCAGCAGCUGCCCUAUAAACGCGGGGCCCCGUUCGAAACAAUCAUCAUGGUGAAAGAGGAUGCCUUCAAGGUGGCAGUAAAUGGAGCUCACCUCUUGGAAUACAAACAUAGAAUUCCACUAAAUAGGAUCAACACAUUUUCUGUUUCUGGGAAGGUCCAAGUGCAGGCUAUAGGCGUCGUACCAAACUCUGCAGUAUACUCAGAGUCUGGUGACUUGAGCCUCCCAUACAAAGGCAGUAUACUAAAAGGUCUGAGCCCAGGACAACACCUUACCAUCAAAGGACAGAUCUGCAUGUAUCCUCACAGUAUUACAGUGAACCUCUGCAACAGCAGGACGAAGAGCAUCGCCCUUCACCUGAAUGCUCGCAUGAAAUCCAGCACAUUCAUACGAAACUCAUACUUAAAUGAGUGCUGGGGUCAAGACGAGCGGGAGUUGGUCUUUUACCCUUUUUCUCCUGGAGAGUAUUUUGAGAUUCUCCUCCUCUGUCAGGCACAUCAGUUCAAGCUUGCGGUGAACGGCUUGCACUUGUUUGAAUUCAAACACCGGGUUCAGGACCUGAGCACCAUUGACCAGCUGGAGAUAAUGGGAGACCUCGAGCUGAUGGACGUCAAACUGUGGUGA